AUAGUCCCACGAGGCUGCUGUACAGCCAGAAGUAUCACGUGACUGUCCUCCUCUUCCUCUCGUGGUGUACGCGGGCUCGAGCGCGGCGGCCAUAUUAAGCUGCAAAGUGCGCAGUAAACGUUCACAUCAUGUCGUCAUCGGGCACCACAACAGAGGCGAAAGAUAAAAGAAGGGGAAGUUUUGAUAUAUAUCCUCCAGACUUGUCCUCUAUAAGGAUAGUUUUGGUAGGAAGGACUGGAGCAGGUAAAAGCUCCUCGGGAAACACCAUCCUGGGCAGAAAAGCCUUCAGAGCUGCGGUCAGUGGUUCGUCUGUAACCAAAGAGUGCUGGAAACAGACUGAACGGGUGGCUGGGAGAGAAAUUGCUGUGGUAGAUACUCCGGGUUUGUUCGACACAGAUACUCCAGAGGAUCUUCUGAAAGAAAAGAUCAGUAAAUGUAUAAACAUGACUGCACCUGGACCUCACGCCAUCAUCCUGGUCAUUAAACUCGGUCCAUUCACUGAAGAAGAGAGGCUCUCGGCGGAGAAGAUCAGAGCCAUAUUUGGAGAAGAAGCAGAUAAACACACAUUCAUCCUCUUUACCGGCGGUGAUGAACUGAGUAACAGCUCUAUUGAAGAAUACCUCGGUGAAGCCAGUGAGGAUCUCAAAGAAAUCUUGUAUCGCUGUGGGGGUAGAUAUCAUGUCUUCAAUAAUAAACAGAUGGAGAAUCGUAAUCAAGUCACAGAGUUCCUGGACAAAGUGGAUGAAAUGGUCACAGCUAAUGGAGGUGGAUUUUACACCAGUGACCAUUACCAUGACGAGCUCGUCCUGGAGAUGAAAGAGGAAGAGCUGAGACAAAAAUAUGAGAAGAAGCUGAAGGAGAAAGAGCUGGAGCUGGAGACCAGAUUCAAUGAAGAGAGGACAAAACUGCAGCAGAAAAUUGAAGAAUUGACGACAUCAGAGCAGGAGAAAGAAGAGAAGAUCAAAGAGCUGGAGCGGCUGAAUUUGAGGAACAUGAUCGAAAUGACCGAAUACAAGAGAUACUACGAAGUAAAGCUCACAGAGGUCAGACUGGAGGCGGAACUCACCCGUCUUAACGAGAGGAUUCUGAUGGAGAUCUUCAGCAAGUUACAAAGCCUUUCAAUGUAAGCGGUGUUUUAUUAGCAGUGCAAGUUCAUGCCUAUCAAGCCCCUUAUGCUCAUCAAGGUUGCAUUUAUUUGUUCAAACUGGAAAAAUUAACCAAACAGGAUUUCUCCAGUCUUCAGAAACGAAGACAGGAAACACAUAAACAGUGAUGUACGAUACCAAUGAUCUUUUCUAACAACAUCUGACGAAUCUAAAAUACGAAUUUAUUUCAAAUAAAACCAAAGAAGAAAUUCAUGAAUCAUUGGACAGCAGUGCAUAGAAAAACUGUUGUGAUUUAAGAAGUGUCACAGGCUUUGUUUUGUAAAAUUAAUCGAGCAGUGAUGAGCAGAAGGGAUUUUUAAAAAAAAAACUCUUAGUAAUCCAAAGCAUUUCAAAUGUAUGCAGUAUAUAAGAUUUGCUUUCAAGUCAGUUGCUUUCAAUUUCAUAAAUAGAUAUGUUACAUAAGGCUAUAGGGAAGUAGGAUCGUACACUUACAAGGGCAACCGAGGCUAGAAGAAAGUAGAAAAGAGAGAACUGAAGUCCAGAUUUAAUAAAGAGAAAAAGAAACUGCAGAGGAUUAAAGGAUUAACAGCAUCUGAGCAGGAGGAAGAAGAGAAGUCAGAGAAAUGUGUGCACAAAGACACUGAGAGACACGAUGAGAUGAUCGGCAGAGCAGCACGUUUCUGCACGACGCAUUCAACUAAUCCUGAGGAGAACCUGUCCUGCGGUUCUUGCCUGCGCCUCAAAGAUAACCACGAUGCAUUGUGACUUUUACUAGGAGGAGACGAAUAUUAAUUCUGCUUGUGUGGAACUGUUUAAAAGUGCUUGUUGUGACUGAUAUGAACAAUCAUGUUGUUUUUUGCAAUCUCAGUGGUUUAGUCCACCCCAAAAUGAAAAUGCCUUCCUCGUUGUUCGAUCUCGUUCCAAACUCGUAAAGCCUUUUAUUUUUGAGGAAAUCAGAGAGCUAUCCGGGCCUCCGUAGACAUGACUGAUAUGAUCCCAGGUCCAGAAACGUAGUAGAUGCAUCGAUGAACGAAGGUCUCACGGGUUUGGAAUGACGUGAAUAAUUAAUGAACCAAUCCUUUAAGAAUCCUAAUAACAGCUAACUAACACAGUGCAAACAAAACAUAAUAAACACAUGAUUUUUGAUCAACCCACUCUUAUAUAACGUAUACACACACACACACACACACACAAUGAAGUGCCUACUAUAAAUAUAGCUUUGUGAAUGCAUUUUGUGCAUCAAAACUUCAUAAAGAUAUCAAGUUUAAAAAUGUAAGCGGCACUUUUAAUGUUAAUUUCAUUUAUAGUUAGCCUAUGUAUGCUCUACUUUAUUUUUCUUGUUUGUGUUUUGUAUCAUAUGUUUCUUUACUUUAGUCGUGAUUUAGGUUUUAGGAAAGCUAAAUAUCCUGUAUGAUCUCAAGGGAAUACGAGAAGGAUUUCUCCUUAUUGUUACACGCUUUCGCUCCAGUCGGUGGAAAAGUACUGCCAAAACCCACGAAGAAGAAAAAGAACCAGUACUGCCUUUUUUUUUUUUUUGAGUGGUUUCUUAUUACGUAUAUUUAUUGAUGGUUAUAAAGACUGUAACUCUGGUAGAACAAAUGCAAGAUAUAAGACAAUUAUAGCUGAUUGUGUAUCAGUAGAAAUAUGUUCUGACUCUUAUGUAACAUUAUUGCGUGGUAAAAUCAUCAAGGCAAGACGUUAUAUGAGAUUCUUAUAAGUUCGUUUACAGUAAAAAAAAAAAGAAACUUAAUUCUUGCUCAUGUGGGGGUGGAGGCCAAUGAAGUGGUCAAAAAGCUAGCCAAGGAAGAUCUAGAGCACUCGGAAAUAGAUAUUAAAGUGUCUCUUAGCAAAAAUGAGGUUAAAGGGAAAAUUAAACAACAAACGUCAAGAACUUAUGAUAGCAAGGGCAGAUGUGUGUUAUAUUUAGCAAGCAAGUAGGAAAUGCAAGGAGGAACAUCUAAUUAUUUCAUGAGUGAAGAGGGCAUGGUGGGUUAAAUCAAUCUCUGUUUAAUACAGUAUAUGUAUUUACUGCAAUCAGGCAGAUAACAUUUUAAUAAAGUGUAACAGAAAAUUA